GUAUUAGGUGAGCUUUGGGUUCGUUUGAAACUGUCUGCUGCCCGGACCCUCGAGAUAAGACCCCAUCUCUCAUUCUUCCUGGUGAGACCUCAGGAAUCUACUAGUCAUGGCUGACACAGAAGAAGUCAUGGAGGAGGAAGUUCAGGUAGUGGAGGAAACCGAAGAGGAAGUGGAAGUGGAAGAGCCUGCGGAAGUAGAAGAGGAGCCAGAACCUGAACCACAAGAAGCUCCAGUGGAGGAGGAGGCCACAGAUGAGACAAAACCAAAGCCAAAAUUCAUGCCAAAUAUCACUGCUCCAAAGAUUCCUGAAGGAGAUAAGGUGGACUUUGAUGACAUCCACAGAAAGCGUCAGGAGAAGGAUUUAUCUGAGCUUCAGUCUCUGAUCGAGGCUCAUUUCAUCCAGAGGAAGAAAGAUGAAGAGGAGCUGAUCGCUCUUGUCAACAGAAUCGAGAAGCGUCGCACUGAGAGGGCGGAGCAGCAAAGAGUCCGUACGGAGAAGGAGAAAGAGAGACAAGCCCGUCUGGCUGAAGAAAAGGAGAGAAGAGAGCAAGAGGAACAGAGGAAGAAACAAGAUGAAGAUGCUAAGAAGAAGAAAGUGCUUACUAACAUGACACACCAGUACGGAGGAAUCCAGCAGAAGGGCGAGGGCCGCAAGGGGGCGAAGAAACAGACGGAGAGAGAGAAGAAGAAGAAGAUCCUGGCGGAGAGGAGGAAGCCAAUCAACAUCGAUCACCUGUCUGAAGAUAAACUGAAAGAGAAGGCCAGUGAGCUCUGGCAGUGGAUGAUGCAGCUGGAGGCCGAGAAGUUCGACCUCAGCGAGAAACUGAAGAGACAGAAAUAUGACAUGAAUGUUCUCCAGACCCGAAUCAAUGAGCAACAAAAGUAUGCCAAAGGUCGUGGCAAGGGCAAGGUUGGUGGCAGGCUGAGGUAAACGUGCAGUGAAUCGAGGCACCACAGAGAUCCAGAGGACUUCGUCUCCUUCUUCACAUAUGCAUUUGUAGUCAUUAUGAAACCAUUGUUCUGUUUGAUUGCACAUGUAGAGACAGUAAAGUGACAUAUUUUACUGAUGUCCUGUUUUAUUCCUGCUUUUUUGUCUUAGACACACAAGUAUUUUGCAGUCAUAUCAUUCAUUUUAUCCCUGCAAUAUUAAAAGAGUCAAACUGCC